CCCAGGCACCUGCAUCUCAAGAGGAUCAGCAAGGUCAGAGAGAGACACAGUGCCUCCUCCCCAGCACAGAGGACAGUUCACAGUCAGCCCAGCAAGUCCAGAGCAGCGUCUAGGUCCCAAUUCAUCUGUAAAAAGAUAACAGGGGUGAGCAGGAGGGGUGUGACAGGAAAACACUGGCUUGCCUUUGUGAAGCCUUCACAGGACAACAUCUUAUUCUAUUGUUCGAGGAAGAAGUGACCUUGUCAUAUACAAGAAAACAAUGCUCCUUUGGGUGUUAGCCCUCCUGAUCUUUUGUGGUUUCCUAUGGAAUUAUAAAAGACAACUAAAGAUUUCAGACAUCACUGAUAAGUAUAUUUUCAUUACUGGGUGUGACAAGGGCUUUGGAAACUUGGCAGCCAGAACUUUUGAUCAAAAAGGAUUUCGUGUAAUUGCUGCCUGUCUGACUGAAUCGGGAGCAACAGCCUUAAAGGCAGAAACCUCCGAGAGGCUUCACACGGUACUUCUGGAUGUCACUGACCCCGAGAAUGUCAAGCGGACUGCCCAGUGGGUGAAACGCCAAGUUGGGGAAAAAGGUCUCUGGGGUCUGAUCAAUAAUGCUGGUGUCCUUGGCGUGCUGGCUCCCACAGACUGGCUAACAGUGGAGCACUACAGAGAACCGGUAGAAGUGAACCUGUUUGGACUCAUCAAUGUGACACUAAAUAUGCUUUCCUUGGUCAAAAAAGCUCGAGGGAGGAUUAUCAAUGUUUCCAGCAUUGGGGGUCGCCUUGCAUUUGGUGGAGGAGGCUAUACCCCAUCCAAAUAUGCAGUAGAAGGCUUCAAUGACUGCUUAAGACGUGACAUGAAAGCUUUUGGUGUACAUGUCUCUUGCAUCGAACCAGGAUGGUUCAAAACAGAAUUAGCAGAUCCAGUCAAGACGGCUGAAAAAAAACUUGCCCUUUGGAAGCAUCUGUCUCCAGAUGUCAAACAACAAUAUGGAGAAGGUUACAUUGAAAAAAGUCUAGACAAACUGAAGGGUACAUCCUUUGAGAACACGGACCUCUCACUGGUGGUGGAGUGCAUGGACCACGCCCUCACCAGUCUCUUCCCUAAGACCCGUUAUACUGCUGGAAAAGAUGCCAAGACUUUCUGGAUACCUCUGUCUCAUAUGCCAGCAGUUUUGCAAGACUUUUUGUUGUUGAAACAGAAAGUAGAGCUGGCUAAUCCCAUGGCGGUAUGACUCAGCUGACCACAACUGUCUGCCGUGGGCUAUCAGUGUGGCUAAUAUCAAGGACAUAUUUCCUUCUUGAUCUCAUUCCUUACCUGAUCCAACCUGGACUCAUUUAGAUCAUGCUUCUUUUGGGGAAGGAAUGGAUCCCACCCUCCCUGGCAAUAUCCCAGGGAAGGGCAGGGAUGACAUGUCACAAAGAAGGGCAGGCGUGGUGCCUACCCCAUAUUUAGGCUUUGCAUGCCUGGCAUGAUAUAAGGGAAAUUGAAAGGUUUUCCCUUCCAAAAUGACCUUCUCUACAGCUUGUCCCAUGCUCCCAACCAUUCCUGAAUGUUAAAUAUUUGUCCCUUAUUAAAAUGUUCAGAGAUGAGUAGAAUA